AUGCCUAAGCAAUGUAUACACGUUUUAAUGUGUUUUACCGGCUUAUUUUAUUUGGUAAAUGGAGAUGUGAUCGUGGACACUGAGUCUGGAAAAGUCGCUGGCAAAGAAGUGAAGUCUAUUGUUUCUGGUGAAAAAUACUAUUCGUUUUUGGGGAUACCGUUCGCCCAGCCACCAGUGGGCGCUUUGAGAUUUAAGGCGCCAGUCCCCCAUGAAGGCUGGAAUAAUAUAUUGGAAGCAAAAAAAGAAAAACCUUCGUGUGCCCAAUUUAACAUCCCGUCAUUUGAUAAUAGACAUGGGUUUUGUGGAAAGGAAGAUUGUUUGUACUUGAGUAUACAUACUCCAAGAUUACCUACCGGAGAAGAUUCAGAUUUACCCGUUAUCGUAUUUCUCUACAAUGAAAACUUUAGAACGUCUUAUAACAAUUCAAAAGACUAUGGUCCCGAUUUCUUUAUGAAUGAAAAUGUGAUUAUAGUAACCGUCAAUCACCGUCUUGGUGCUUUUGGAUUUUUGGCAUUCGGUGAUGAGUUGUUACCAGGAAAUCAUGGCUUACGGGAUAUCAUCACAGCUUUACAAUGGCUCCAAAAAAAUAUAAAAUAUUUUGGAGGUGAUGCAGCAAAAGUAACACUGAUGGGUCACCAAGGUGGAGCUGCUAUUGCUGAUAUCCUAAUGCAUUCAAACAAGGCUACAAAAUUAUUUAAUUCAGUCAUAUUACAAAGUGGAACCGCCUGGUCGCCUGUGUCCUUUACCAAAGACCCUAAAGCAAAAGCGAUCUCUCUAACAGAAAAUCUGGAGGAUAAAGCGACAGAUAGUAAAUCGAUAAUUGAAAGGCUAUCUGAUGUAUCAGCACAAGAUAUAGCGACCAAUGAAUUAUUAUGUAUACAUCCAGAUGAAGCAAGAGAAUAUCAAAUAGGAGUGCUUCCAUUUGCACCAGUAAUUGAACCUGAACACCCAGAUGCUGUUAUAACUAAAUAUCCCGAAGAGAAUACUGAUCCUAUCGAUAUUCCUAUUAUGAUCGGGUAUAAUUCGAGGGAGGCGAUUGAAACAUCUGCCCGCUUUCUUCACAAACCUAAUUAUCUCACUUUUGCCGAUAGAGAUUUUAUUUUUCUCAAACCGAUACGAACUGGUUUUCACUUUCAAAUCAAUGAUAAAGUAUAUUUCGAAGCAAUAGACGAAAUCAAAGAUUAUUACUUCGACGAGGGUUAUGUUAAAAUAAGCAAACCAGGGGAAUAUCUUACUUAUAUGAAUGACGUUUCAACGAUGUAUCCCAUAGACUAUACUUUACGUGCUUAUUUGAAUGUAUCAAGGUCUGCUAUAUAUUACUAUAUGUUCGAUUUCGAUGGAGAACUAAAUUAUAGAAAGAAAUCAAUAUUGAAAGAGGCCAUAACACUUGAUGGGACGUGGGGCGCAUCCCGUGGUGAUGAACUAUGUUACUUGUUUGUUUGUAAUCCUAUUAAAAAGACUUACAAGCGUCUACUAGAAGAAGGCGAUUCUGAUGAGAUUAAAGUAUUACAAGGGAUGGUCCGAUUAUAUGCAAACUUUGCAAGAACCGGAAAUCCAACACCGCCUGGCGACGAAUUCACGUGGAAACCUGCAACCAAAGAAAACAAAGAGAUUUUAGUUAUAAGUGAAGAGUUAAAGAUGGUUAAUAAUCUGUAUGAAGAUAAAAUUAGUUUUUGGGAUAAUUUCUUUGCUAAAUACAAAGCGAAGGCUGUUGAUGGGAUAGUAAAAGACAACGAUAAAGAUGAACUAUACAAAGACACAAUAGAAUUAAUAUUAAAGCAAGGUGCGUUAUCUGGACUUGAAGAAAAGUCGUUUUUAAAUGAAAAAACAUAUUAUUCCUUCCGAGGAAUCCCUUAUGCUGAACCACCCGUAGGACCCUUAAGAUUUAAGCCUCCCGUACCACUCCAGACCUGGGAAAACACACUAAUAGCACACAAAAACAAACCGACAUGCUUUCAAUUCAGUUAUAGGGGAAGGAAUAACGAGCAACCAGGGUUCUCUGGUUCUGAAGACUGUCUUUACCUAAGUGUAUACACGCCAAAUAUAAAGGGUUCUGCCCCAGUGGUCGUUUUCGAUUACAACGAUAACUUUAAAACUGGUUUUAAUGGAUCUGAUACUUACUCUCCAGAUUUCUUUAUCGAAGAAGAUGUUAUUGUUGUAACUAUUAACCAUCGACUGAGUAUAUUUGGUUAUUUAACCACGGAAGAUGAUAGUUUACCACCUAACGCUGGAUUAAAAGACUUCAUUCUAGGGUUACGAUGGAUACAAGACAACAUUGAAGAUUUUGGGGGUGAUCCUAGUCGUGUUACACUUAUGGGCAACCGCGGCGGGGCGACCCUAGCCCACAUUUUAUUAUACUCUAAAAAAGCAACGGGACUUUUCUCCGGUGUUAUAAUGCAAAGUGGCAGUGCUACGGAGUCUGUUUAUUUUGAUAACAAUUUGCGUGAGAAAGCUUUUAAAAUUGGAGAAUUACUAAAUAUUACAACAGACAACAGUGAAGAGUUAGUAGAAAAGCUACAACUAGUUGACGCCAGUCUUUUAUUAAGUAAAGAAGGCAAUGUCUUAGACGAAAACUUAAUGGAAGCAUUUCAAAUGACUAUACAUCCAUUCGCUCCAAUUGUAGAAAAUGAUGGCCCAGAUGCUGUGUUUACGAGUUUACCAGAAAACGCGGAGAUAGUUAAUGAUGUACCCAUCAUAUUAGGUUUCAAUUCUCGCGAAGGCUUAGACUUAGUGUCGCAUUAUUUAAUGGAACCAAAAUUAAUAGAUAAUAAUAAUAAUAUUCUAUUUGUUUUCCCAAACAGAGUGGAUUUCCGAUUUGACAGAAAUAGCACAGUUUUUAAGAAAGCAAUGGAAGAAGUUCAAAAUUACUAUAUGAAAGAUGGGCACCUCCAUUAUGGAAAUAUUUUAGAAUAUUCAAUAUAUGUGGAAGACCUCUUACAGAAUUAUGCACUUCAUACUAGUGUUGAACAAUUGUCUCUUACCUUAAAGUCGAAUGUUUAUUAUUACUUGUUUGACUAUAGAGGACUCUUAAAUGAAAACAGUGAAUAUAUUUCGAGACGGUUAAGGUUUAGUAUGGAGCAUUGGGGCGCAACUAUUACAGAUGAACUUUGUUACCUUCAUUUAUGCUCGAGAAUUAAGAAAACGUACGAGGAACUGAAACAUCUACCGAGUGAGCAACCCGAAUUCAAAAUGUUGAGAAAGAUGGUGAAAAUGUGGACAAAUUUUGCUAAAAAAAGAAAUCCUACACCAGCUGCAAUUGAUGAUAAAAACAUUUUGAAGAACAUAAAAUGGGAUCCAAUAGACAAAAACGGGGCAUAUAAUUAUCUUCACAUAACAAAAAAGCUGAGUAUGAAAGAAUAUCUCAUGGAACAGCGAUCAAAUUUCUGGGAGAAGUUUUUAAAGAAAUACAGACAAAUGGCUAAAAAUGGUUUAGUUCUAAGUGAAGAACACAUCGAACUUUAA